UGCCGGGGGCAGUGUCCCGGCUCGGCCGCGCGGGGCGGCUCCGGGGCUGGGCGGCGGCUCCGGAGCGAAGGGACUCGAGGAAACGGAAGCGGCGGCUGCGAUCGCCGCCCCCAGUCCGGGCCAUCCGCGGCGGCCGGGCCCGCGGGCAGAGCCACCCCGCCGGGAGCCGCCUCCGCCGCGCUUGCCUGUGUAAAGUGCUGGACUGACACUCCUGGAUGCUGGAGCCUUCUCUGUCCCUAGAUCAGAAACAUGCAACAUGGCAGCAGCCAUGGAAACUGAACAGCUGGGUCUUGAAAUCUUUGGAACGGCUGAGAGCGAGGAGCAUGCUGAGGUCGAGGAGCAGCCAAAACCGGAACCCUUCUAUGUAGAGAGAUAUUCCUGGAGUCAGCUUAAAAAACUGCUCACAGACACUAGGAAAUACCAUGGCUACAUGGUGGCCAAGGCUCCGCAUGAUUUCAUGUUUGUGAAGAAAAAUGACCCCGAAGGACCCCAUUCAGAUAGGAUCUACUAUCUGGCCAUGUCUGGCGAGAACAGGGAGAACACGCUGUUCUAUUCGGAAAUUCCCAAAACCAUAAACAAAGCUGAAGUCCUAAUGCUUUCCUGGAAACCCUUUUUGGUCUCUUUCAGGUACGCUUCCCUAGACUACGGGAUGUACUCCCGCGAAGAAGAAUUACUGCGAGAGAGAAAGCGCAUUGGGACAGUCGGAAUUGCCUCUUACGAUUAUCACAGAGAAAGCGGCACCUUUCUGUUUCAGGCUGGCAGUGGAAUUUACCACGUAAAAGACGGCGGCCCUCAUGGGUUUACUCAACAGCCCUUAAGACCCAAUUUAGUGGAGACCAGUUGUCCAAACAUACGGAUGGAUCCAAAACUGUGCCCAGCUGAUCCAAACUGGAUUGCAUUUAUCCAUAGCAAUGACAUCUGGAUAUCUAAUAUACUAACCAGAGAAGAAAGGAGGCUAACCUUUGUCCAUAACGAAUUGGCCAACCUAGAAGAGGAUCCCAGAUCUGCUGGGGUAGCUACUUUUGUGCUUCAGGAGGAAUUUGAUAGAUAUACUGGCUACUGGUGGUGUCCGAAUGCUGAGCCAACUGUCACCGGAGGCAAAAUUCUUAGGAUUCUUUAUGAAGAAAAUGAUGAGUCAGAGGUGGAAAUUAUUCACGUCACAUCGCCCAUGCUGGAGACCAGGAGGACGGAUUCCUUUAGAUAUCCCAAAACAGGCACAGCAAAUCCAAAGGUCACUUUCAAGAUGUCUGAAAUAACAGUUGAUGCUGAAGGAAGAAUUGCAGCUGUCUUGGAUAAAGAACUAGUGCAGCCAUUCGAGAUCCUGUUUGAAGGAGUCGAGUAUAUUGCGAGAGCUGGAUGGACUCCAGAAGGAAAAUAUGCCUGGUCCAUCUUGCUGGAUCGCUCCCAAACACGGCUACAGAUAGUGUUGAUCUCCCCUGCAUUAUUUAUCGCAGUAGAAGAUGAUGCUAUGGAAAGACAGAAACUAAUAGACGCUGUGCCUGACUCUGUUACGCCACUUAUUAUUUAUGAAGAAACAACAGACAUCUGGAUAAACAUCCAUGAUAUCUUCCAUGUUUUCCCUCAAACCCGCCAAGAUGAGAUAGAGUUUAUUUUCGCCUCUGAAUGUCAAACGGGGUUCCGGCACCUGUACAAAAUCACCUCGGUUUUGAAGGAGAGCAGAUACAAGCGAUCCUGUGGCGGUCUCCCUGCUCCAAGUGACUUCAAGUGUCCCAUCAAAGAGGAAUUAGCAAUUACCACUGGAGAAUGGGAAGUGCUUGGUAGACAUGGUUCCAAUAUCUGCGUGGAUGAAGCAAAGAAACUGGUGUAUUUUGAAGGCACAAAGGAUUCCCCUUUAGAGCAUCACCUGUAUGUCGUUAGCUACGAGAAUCCCGGAGUGGUGAAGCGACUGACGGACCGUAGUUUCUCUCACGCCUGCUCCGUUAGUCAGGACUGUGACAUGUUCAUCAGUAAAUUCAGUAACCAGAAGAACCCGCACUGUGUGUCACUGUACAGGCUGACUGCUUCUGAAGAGGAUGUUGCUCACAGAACGAAGGAAUUCUGGGCCACGAUUCUAGAUUCGGCAGGUCCUUUUCCCGACUAUGUUCCCCCAGAAAUCUUCUCCUUUGAGAGUUCCUCAGGCUUUACGCUGUAUGGCAUGAUGUACAAACCUCACCACCUGCAACCUGGGAAGAAAUACCCCACUGUCCUCUUCAUAUACGGAGGGCCUCAGGUGCAGCUGGUGAACAAUCGGUUUAAAGGAGUCAAGUAUUUUCGCUUGAACACGCUGGCCUCACUGGGUUACGUAGUUGUUGUAAUUGACAACAGGGGGUCCUGCCACCGAGGGCUUAAAUUUGAAGGUGCCUUUAAAUACAAAAUGGGUCAAAUAGAAAUUGACGACCAAGUGGAAGGGCUGCAGUAUUUAGCAUCCCAGUAUGACUUCAUUGAUUUAGACCGAGUUGGCAUUCAUGGCUGGUCCUAUGGAGGAUACCUGUCUCUGAUGGCAUUAAUGCAGAGGUCAGACCUCUUCAGGGUUGCCAUUGCUGGAGCACCAGUCACACUAUGGCUAUUCUAUGACACAGGCUACACAGAGCGUUACAUGGGACACCCUGAUCACAACGAGCAGGGAUAUUAUCUAGGAUCAGUGGCCAUGCAAGCGGAGAAGUUUCCUUCAGAACCGCACCGUCUGUUGCUGCUGCAUGGUUUCUUGGACGAGAAUGUUCACUUUGCACACACAAGUAUAUUGCUGAGUUUUUUAGUGAGGGCUGGAAAACCAUAUGAUUUACAGAUUUACCCUCAGGAAAGACACAGCAUAAGGGUCCCCGAGUCUGGAGAGCAUUAUGAACUCCAUCUACUGCAUUAUCUGCAAGAGAAUCUUGGCUCUCACAUUGCUGCACUGAAGGCAAUGUAAUUGUGACCUCUGUGGAACUCUGAUACACUGGCUGCUUAACCAAAUGAGGAAAUUGAUCUUUAGAGAAAAUCGAACAGAAUGUUGCAUUUUGGUGCCUGCCACAUCUGCACACACGCACACACAGACACUUUUUUUUUUUUUUUUUUUUUUUUUAAGUAAACUAGGUGCCAUACAAGGACACUACAGUACAAUGACCUAAUAAUUUUUAAAAUGGAAAUAAAAUCAAAUGUCUGUGGCACGCAGCAGUACCAUGCAGAUUCUUUUGGAAGAAGCUGAAAAUUCAGUAACACAUUUCCACCACACCAUAUCUUCACCAUUUGAAAACAUUGAGCUGUGCAAGUCUAAUUGGUGUAUUUUUUUACAGUGUGUUUCUCAGUUUCUUACAACAAGGUAAUAUUGGAUGAUUCGCUCGCGUCAUGGCAAAAAUCUGUCUGGAUGGUUACAACUUGGAUAGCAUUUAAAAAUGUAAUGUGAAAUAGUUUAUGCUUCGUGCAAGGGAUAUCUGGCUCAUUAGGAAUUAGCUGCAUAUUAGACACAUUAUAUAACCAGAUGUUGGAGAUAAUUGUUUUAAAAAAGAAACACUUUUAGCUGCCUCCUGAAGUUGAUAAUUUGGUUUUAACUAAGAUCAGGCCAGUUUUUUCAGUGAGCUCAUCUCUGUGCAGUACAAAUCUUGCUGCUUUUUUCUUUUGUAGUGUGAUAAACAGUUUGCACCUGAUUUCACACAGGAAGGUGGAAAAUGUAUUUUACAAUAACAUGGGCAGAAGAGUUAGCCUUGUAUGCUGAGAAGCAAACUAGUUUUAAGCCAAACAGCUGAAACUUUGUAUAUUUCUCAUAUUUUAAAAAUACAACCUAUUCCCAUGGACUUUCACCCUAUGUGCAUUUUGAGGCUGUUUUCAAAAUACUUUCCUAUCUCAGCAGGUGGGUGUAUAAAUAUUCCCCCACUAAGAUUUUAAAAUUCCAACACCCAAGUGCAAGUGUCCACUAGGGAGUUGGUAAGAUGGGGGGCCUAUCAACACUACAUUGAAGCAAUGCAAAUUGUGUUUUACUAAUUUUUUUUGUUGUCAUUAGUCUAGCAUUAUUCUCAGAUCAGUGUUGAGAAAGUUUGUUGUCCUAGUCACCCUGCUCCCCUAUAUAUACAUAUACAUACACAGACUCCAUCACCCUUGAGUCGUCUCUAGCACUGCGGUGUAGCAUGGUCCUAUGCUGUCCUCCGAGAGAAACCCUUGUCUGUGUUGCUUAAGGUAAUGCUGCUAGAAGCUAGCACCCUGCAAUAUUAAAAUCACAUUCAAGCACGA